AUGGACAUACCAGCAGAUCCAAUAAUGGAUCCAUUAGCCGACCCACAACUUGGACUUGACAAUGUUAAAAUCAAACCAAAAAGAAGAAUUGCAAAGAUAGAUAAUGAUAGAAUACUACAUACUCAAAAAGGUUUACCAUAUUUAAUUAAAAACAAUCAAAGAUUAAAUAGAAUAAUAGCCAAAAAUGAUAAAACAUUCCAAAAACAAGAACAAAUUAAAUCAUCAGUAAAUAAAAAUUACAAAACCCCUAAUCAAUUGAAAUACGAUCAUGAAUAUUCUAACUUAACUUCAAUCUUACAAUUUUAUCAAUUAUGGUGUCAUGGAUUAUUUCCCAAAGCUAAUUUUAAAGAUUGUGCUUAUUUGAUAAGAUCAUUGGGUCAUAAAUCUUCGCAACUAAGAUUAUAUAGACGUGAAUUAAUUGAAAAAGAAAUUCAUAAAUUAAAAGUGUCAAAGGGAAUUAUUGAUGAGAAUGAUGAUCAAAAUGAAAAUGGAGACAAUGACCCAAUAAAUAAUGAAGAUGAUUUAUACACUAUCCCUGCCACCAAUAAUAAUACUAAUAGUAAUGAUGAUGAAAAUCUAACUGUUCCUAGACCAACAGCUGUAUCUAAAGAAGAUGAUGAUGACUUUUUCAAUUUCAUGAAUCAAGAUGAAACAACCAACAAUCAACCUCAAUUGAACGAAGCAGAAAAGGAACUGGAAAAUGCACAACCAAAUAACACUAAUGCUACGCAUGCUGAAGAAGAUAACGAGGAAUUCGAUGAUGAAGAUGAUUUCAUACCAACUUCAGGGCACAUAUCUGCUCCAAGAAUAGUUCAAGAGGAUGAUUCACAACCUACUCAACAAGAGCAAGAAGAUAUGGAAAUGGAGUUAAUGAGACAAUACAAUCCCUAA